AUGCAUUUCACAACUUUGAGUGUGCUGCUUUCGGUUGCUUUAGCAGAUGCUGCAUCCUUUGUCUCUCCUUUUAAGCACAGGCCAAACAAGGAACCGGAUUAUCCCGAAAGAUGUUACCCCGACCCCUGCAAAGGAGUAACCUAUGUCAAUUCCACUGCUGUUUGCGGUGACCCCCGACUUGGUCCCAAACACCUCCCCAAGUUCUUCCCUCUCGCCAAUGCGCUAGAGACAUACGCCCGUUUCGGCGAGCUCUGCCCUUACGAAUUCUUGGAUAAAUGGACCUUGAAUGCUACAGACCCUAAGGGAUACUGGGUCUAUCCAGAUCAAGACGGAUUCGCAACUACAUCCGAGGACGUGUCCAUUCUCGGAAACUACACCCUUCGCGUGGGCCAGAAAUUGGACAGAUUCGGAGCUGAAACAGGAAAGUUCCUGUCACCUCUUGGUGCGCCGUAUAUCGAGCGAGCCCUGCCGCCAUCCAAUCUCUUCGCCCCGGUUAAUAGCAGUUUCCCGUACAACUAUCACGUUUACGAGGUGACGAAGGAGUUUGAUAUUCUGCUGGGCCCUAUUGAGCCUUGGUUCGAGCAGCCUGGGUUUGGAUCACAGCUUUUGGCUACAUCCAGUGUGACAGCGUUGUUGGACGGGGGAUUCUUGAAGAGACUGGAGUUGGAGGAUUAUGAUGAGCCGGAGGAGUACUCGGCGGGUUAUCUGCCUGAGCCUGACAAGUCAUCCUAA